ACUCACUAUGAAGAAUCAAUUAAUGAUGUUUAAGUAAAAUUAGUGCAAACAUUAGAUUACAGUUCGUCAUUGUUCCUUCAUUAACGGUAAUGGAACGAUCUGCUGUAAAUUAAAUUCCUUAUUUAUCGAAAUUAAAUGAAAUUAUAAUGGAAUUCCUACAUUUUAUAUUUUUGUGCUCUGUUUUAAUAACUACAAGUUUGGCUGAAGAAGAAACUACGCAAAGUCCUGUCCAAGAAUUCAAGAAUUUGACGGUACUGGAACCACAACAAAGCUGCCAAAAGAGAGAAAAACAAUAUCUUAUGGAAGAUGAACCCUGUGAUGAAACCGAGCUGAAAAGAGACGAAAGACAAAGUACUCCAACUAAAAAUAGAGACUCAAAGAUAAUUAACAUACGUCUCCUUCCUAAAAAAGGACCCGUCACUAUCAAACAAAUACAGCCUCCUGGACUUUCAAAACCUGUAAAUGUUUAUGUAAACAAUAAACCAAAAAUAAUUCCGACUAAAAUCCCAGUAAUACUUAAAACAAAAGUUGUUCCAUCUCCUGCUCAAGUUAUGAGAAUGAAAGCGUUACAUGAUGCUGUAAAUAAUAAAGAAAACCAUUUACCUGCAAAUGAAACUGAACCUGAAAUUGUUCCUAAUGACAAUAAUCCUAAUAACAUCUCUUAUGUAAUAGAACCUAGAUCAGAAACACAUGAGCUAGAUGAAGGAAAUGAUAACAGGAACGAUACUUUUCACAUGGAUGAUCCAGACAUACAUGAGGAAAUAACUGACAACAAUGAAACUGGUAAGAAAACUAAGACAAACUCAAUUAAUCACGAACAUGAAAAAAACAGGCCAAGAGGUGAAAAAACUAAAAAGUUUUCGAAACCUCAACCAAAACCUGUUUAUUUCUUUGUAGACGAACCUGAGCCAUUACCAGCAGUUAAAAAACGUAGACCAAUUACCAGAUCUGAUGAAGAUGAUGAAAUUCCACUUAAAAAGUCUAAACAUAUUCCUUUGGCUAAGAGUAAGAAACCUAAAAAGAACCAUUCAACAGAAGAUGAUGAUUUAGAUACUGAUGACGAUCCAGAUUUUAUUCAGAUUACGAAUGGGACUCAUAUAAUAAGUAUUAAAAAGAUACCUCUUGAUACGCGUAAAGGUGAAGAUAACAUCUCGCAUGACUCUUCGGAAGAUUAUGAUGUUCCUGAAAUUGAACAUAGAGGUAGAAUCAUGAAUGAGCCUAACGAUGGAAAUACGAAUAAAGACAAACCCAGCUGCAUUACAAUAACCAAACACAACUAUGAAGAAUUUGAAGAAAAAGCACCUACUCCUCAGCUUCAGUCUCCCGCAGUUCAAGUAGCAACCUUACCUAUCGGAAGCCAAGACCCUUGGAAUUAUUUGCAAAGUCCUCCAAAUUUCAACAAUCCUUACUAUCAAAAUGUCUACGAUAACUGUUUGCCUACUCGAAUGGCACCAAUAAUACAAUUUCCAGAUAAUAGUAACCGCUAUAGUGUAACUCCAGAUAACAGUCCUAAUGGAAACAGCUAUUCUUCUUCUCCAGAUAAUAGUAUAAUUUACUUUCCAAAUGAUGUAAGUUCUUCUCCUUACAACCCAGAAAUGGAUCAAUAUAUCACACCAAAUUCCGUGAACGCAGACACGAAUCAAUAUAUGACACCGAAUACUCUGAACCCAGAAAUUAAUCAAUAUAUGACACCGAAUACACAAAACCCAGAAACUAAUCAAUACAUGACACAAAAUACAGUGAAUCCAGAAACAGAUAAUGUUCUCUAUCAAAUACCUAGAUUAGAAGCUUUAGACAGAAUUUGGAGGGCUUGGAAAGACGUUGAAAUCAAAAUAAGAAACGCCCAUAAGUAUGAAGAUCCGUUAGUAAUUGAUAUUAGAAGAACUGUGGCUGAUCAUAAUGAUUUAAAUAAGGGUGAUAAUGUUAGUGGGAAGGGUCAUAUUCCAUCUGUACCAAUACAUCUGAAUAAUCAGAAUAAUGGAAAUCAUUAUCCUUAUGUUAAGUCUAAUCACCGACACACUAGUUAAGAGCCAAACUAUUGUCAGUUUCCAUUGGCUUUAUAUAAUUGCCGUUAAUAUGAAUUCUAAGAAAGCACAGUUACGCGAUAGUUAAUUUAGCAUUUCUGAAGUUUGCUACUUGACUCCUUGCACAUUUAUUCGUACAAAUAUUGACAGGUGUAUAUUUAAAUAGCACAAUAGUAAAAAUCAAUCAAAAGUCACAGUAACCAAGAGCUCGAUUGAUCGAUCGAUCAUAAGGUUCAGCAACCAUGCAACCAUCUCAUCUUGUCAUAAUGAGUACUUCCGUGUUUUGAAAGGCACGAUAAACUGGUGGGUCCCGGCUGUCAUUUGAACAUCUUUGGCAGUCGUUACGGGUAGUCAGAAACCAGAAAGUGUAACAGCCAGCCUCACCGAGGGACAUCAGUUUGCCCAGGUAACUGGGCUGUGAAAGUCAAAAAGGCAGUCACUCCAUGUAAAAUACUGGUACACAGCUGCAUCUGGUUAGACUGGAAGCCGACUCAAGCAUGGCUGGGAAAUAUAGGCAGAUGAACAGUAAAAAAAGAAUACACCAGCGUAAGAUGUAAAUUAUAAAAUUUCAGAAAUGCAAAGUUGAUUGGUGCCAACUGUGGAAAACUGCUUUCUAGUUGAAGUAAUUUAGUAAUAACUCUUAUAUUUCUUAAUUAUAUUUUGUAACUGAUCCGAAUUCAUUCAUCACCAAUUCAAUUUAUAUUCUUGAUUUUAAAUGAUUGAUUCAUAUUCCUUAAUUUCUAAUCUUUGAUUGCCUAAAUUCAUAUUUAGUUUAAGAUCUAUCUGUCUAUGAAAAAGUCGUGGUGGCCUAGUGGGCAAAGAACCAACCUCUCGAGUAUGAGGGCGCGGGUUCGAUUCCAGGUCAGGCAAGUACCAAUGCAACUUUUCUAAGUUUGUAUGUACUUUCUAAGUAUAUCUUAGACACCAAUGACUGUGUUUCGGAUGGCACGUUAAACUGUAGGUCCCGGUUGUCAUUGAACAUCCUUGGCAGUCGUUACGGGUAGUCAGAAGCCAGUAAGUCUGACACCAGUCUAACCAAGGGGUAUCGGGUUGCCCGGGUAACUGGGUUGAGGAGGUCAGAUAGGCAGUCGCUUCUUGUAAAGCACUGGUACUCAGCUGAAUCCGGUUAGACUGGAAGCCGACCCCAACAUAGUUUGGGAAAAGGCUCGGAGGAUGAUGAUCUAUCUGUCUAUGCAGAGAUUUUGAGCGCGCUAUUAGCGGACAGUUAACGGAUGGGUGACCAUCACAUUAGAGAUAUACAGGGAUUCCUGUUAAGCCUGAUUUUAAUACAAUAUGGUUUGUUGAACUCACCUUGUUAUGUAUUCUGUAUUAACUGUUUUAAUUACGUAUCUAGCCGUUCAGUCGUCAGCUCUUUGCUUUAUUGAAGAGUUCCGUCAUAUUCCUUAAACCCACGCUUUUCUGUCUAAUGCAAUUCUUGUCCAAUGUAUUCAUAAUUCUUUUAAUUUUUAGAAA